AUGGCGGCAAUUGGUUCGUUGAUCUUCUGCACCGACUGCGGCAACCUCCUGCCCCCAUCCAAGGGCAGCGAGAAGAACAUACUCCAUUGCGACUGCUGCGGGGCUGAAAACAGAGAUCAUCCCUGGAGAACCGUGACAACGAGGACGAAGCCAUCCGAUUUUCCCUCGGCGCUCCGGCAGAAGCUGUCAAUCGUCCAAACAGUCGAGAGGCACCAGGUACAAACAGAACGAAUCGACGCAAAUACCGACUGCCCUAAGUGUGGGAAGAGGGGUGUGCGGUACUCGGAGGUGCAGCAAAGGAGUGCCGAUGAAGGCUCAACAAUCAUUUACAACUGUGACUGCGGUGAACGG